AUGCCUCUGGUUCACCUGCUGCUGCUGCACGCCGCUACAGUGUACAGUGAAGACACCGCGUCGCUGCACGCGUGGAACUGCUCCCAGUGCGUGCUGCCCGAGAUGAGGGGAUUCCAUCUGUUUCAGAUCAUUGUUGAGCCGACUGCUCGCCUGCAGGCCUAUGUAGGUUGGGACCCACCUUCUCGACUGAUCGUGGUCGCAUUCAGAGGCACCUGCACCUCGUCUCUCCGCAACUGGAUCGCUGAUCUUGAGGCCCUCCCGCGCUCCCUCUCCUACCCGGGUCUGCGCCACGCCCGUGUGCACCGCGGCUUCUACUCCGCUUACCACUUCACUCGUCUGCGCCCGGCCGUGGUGCACGCCGUGCUGUUUCUGAUGACGAUCCUGCCGGGAUCCUUUCGAGUGGCCUUCACAGGGCACUCCCUUGGGGGUGCUUUGGCUACUCUCAGUGCUCUCGACCUGCAGGUAUCCUACGACCUCCCAUCACCCGUCAUUCAAGUCGUCACCUUUGGCUCGCCUCGGGUGGGCAACGCUGCUUUUGCGGCCUACUUCCGGCAGAAGCUUCCUAAAAGCACCCGUGUGACCAACUGGAAGGAUCUUGUGCCGCACUUGCCGCCCGCAACCAUCGGUUAUCAUCAUGUGGCCACCGAGGCGUGGAUAAUCCCUGACUCUGUGCACAACGUCUCCUUCAGUCCAUCGAGUUCAGCUUUACCAACUCAGAAGGGGCGUUCUGGCUCGGUUUCUUUACCGCACCUGCUGAGGCAACGCCGGUCUGCCUGGGGAGUGCCUGGGGAGUGCCUGGGGAGUGCCUGGGGAGUGCCUGGGGAGUGCCUGGGGAGUGCCUGGGGAGUGCCUGGGGAGUGCCUGGGGAGUGCCUGGGGAGUGCCUGGGGAGUGCCUGGGGAGUGCCUGGGGAGUGCCUGGGGAGUGCCUGGGGAGUGCCUGGGGAGUGCCUGGGGAGUGCCUGGGGAGUGCCUGGGGAGUGCCUGGGGAGUGCCUGGGGAGUGCCUGGGGAGUGCCUGGGGAGUGCCUGGGGAGUGCCUGGGGAGUGCCUGGGGAGUGCCUGGGGAGUGCCUGGGGAGUGCCUGGGGAGUGCCUGGGGAGUGCCUGGGGAGUGCCUGGGGAGUGCCUGGGGAGUGCCUGGGGAGUGCCUGGGGAGUGCCUGGGGAGUGCCUGGGGAGUGCCUGGGGAGUGCCUGGGGAGUGCCUGGGGAGUGCCUGGGGAGUGCCUGGGGAGUGCCUGGGGAGUGCCUGGGGAGUGCCUGGGGAGUGCCUGGGGAGUGCCUGGGGAGUGCCUGGGGGUGCCGUCCCAUGAUACAGCCCCUCACUCAGUUCCUUUUCCUUCCCCGCCUCUUCAAUUGUCUGUGGUGGGCGACAGUAUAGCCAACCACUUGGAGUACCUGGGGGUGCCGUUGCAUUCAGGUCACAGUUCAUCAGACACCUGA